GUUCCUCCCGGGCUGUGGGCGAGCUGGGCCGAGUGCCAGAGGUGCGGGCUGGGUCUCGCGGCGGCCCUAGCGGCUCCGGGAAGGUCCUUCCCAUUUCCUUUCCUUUCCCCCGUCUUCUCAGUGUGAUUUUCUUGACUUCACACUUUUUAUAAAGGUUGACUUCCCUCAGCAUCAGCAAAUCUUCUGUCAGAUUGGUUCCUGUGUGUCGUAUGUUGAAAGUCACUCAGUUAAGCACAGCACAUACAAACUGAAGAGACACUAGGACAUGUAUUCCCUUUUUUGACAGUUUUAAUUUGCUUGGCUAAAUCCAGUCUUUAGGUUGGCUGGGCAGAAGUGUGAAAAGAAUGCUUCACCUUAACCGAUGUCAGCAUCUGAAACAAAUAACCCAGAAAUGUUUUUCUAGUGUACAUGUUAAAACGGACAAAAAUAAACAGCUAUUUUUUCCAAGAACCUUUGCACUUGCAGAAUUAAGGAAGUCAUGGCACUCUUUCCACUCUCUUGUUGGAGACAAAAAUAUUAUCCUGAUGGGACCUCCUGGUGCUGGGAAAACAACAGUGGGCAGAAUAAUAGGUCAGAAACUCCGUUGUUGUGUCAUAGAUGUGGAUGAUGAUAUCCUUGAAAAAACCUGGAAUAUGAGUGUGUCUGAAAAAUUACAGGAUGUUGGUAAUGAACAAUUUUUAGAAGAGGAAGGAAAAGCUGUGUUAAACUUCUCUGCAUCUGGAAGUGUGAUUUCCCUUACGGGGUCCAAUCCAAUGCAUGAUGUUAGCAUGUGGCAUCUGAAGAAAAAUGGAAUAGUUGUAUACCUGGAUGUACCUCUACUAGAUAUCGUUAAUCGUCUAAAAUUAAUGAAAACAAGUAGGAUUGUAGGUCAGAAUUCUGGAACAUCUAUGAAAGAGUUACUUAAAUUUAGAAGCCAGUAUUACAAAAAGUGGUAUGAUACUCGUGUGUUUUGUGAAAGCGGGGCUUCCCCAGAAGAGAUAGCUGACAAAGUACUUGCUGCGGUUAAAAGAUACCAGGAUGUGGACUCAGAAACAUUCAUAUCAACGAGACAUAUUUGGACUAAAGACUGUAAACAGAAGGUUUCAACAAAAUUCUUUAGUGAAGCUGUGAUUGAGGGCUUAGCUUCUGAUGGUGGACUCUUUGUUCCUGAAAAGGAGUUUCCAAAAUUAAACUCUGGAGAGUGGAAAAGCCUAGUAGGAGCAACUUACAUAGAAAGAGCACAGAUACUAUUGGAAAAAUGCAUCCAUCCUGCUGAUGUACCUGCUGCCAGGCUUGGAGAGAUGAUUGAAGUUGCUUAUGGAGAAAACUUUGCUUGCUCAAAAAUUGCCCCUGUCAGGCACCUUUCAGGCAACCAGUUCAUCCUUGAGUUGUUUCACGGACCAACAGGAUCAUUUAAAGAUUUGUCCUUACAGCUUAUGCCUCACCUUUUUGCACACUGUAUCCCACCAACUUGUAAUUAUAUGAUACUUGUAGCUACUUCAGGAGACACUGGGAGUGCAGUCUUAAAUGGUUUUAGUAGACUUAAUAAGAAUGACAAACAAAGAAUAGCUGUGGCCACAUUUUUCCCUGACAAUGGAGUAAGUGAUUUUCAAAAAGCACAAAUAAUUGGUAGUCAGAAAGACAAUGGAUCGGCAGUGGGUGUCAAGGCAGAUUUUGAUUUUUGUCAGACAGCUAUAAAAGGAAUCUUUAAGGAUUCUGACUUUACUGGCUUUCUUACUAUGGAAUAUGGAACAAUCUUGAGUUCAGCUAAUUCUAUAAACUGGGGCCGACUGCUUCCCCAAGUAGUUUAUCAUGCUUCUGCAUAUCUUGAUCUUGUCAGCCAAGGAUUUGUUUCUUUUGGAAGCCCAGUUGAUGUCUGUAUUCCCACAGGAAACUUUGGUAACAUUUUAGCAGCAGUGUAUGCCAAAAUGAUGGGAAUCCCUAUUCGAAAAUUUAUUUGUGCCUCUAAUCAGAACCAUGUUUUGACUGAUUUUAUAAAAACAGGUCAUUAUGAUCUAAGGGAAAGAAUAUUAGCACAGACCUUUUCACCGUCAAUCGAUAUUCUCAAAUCAUCAAAUCUGGAACGACAUUUACACUUGAUGACUGAUAAAGAUGGGGAACUAAUGUCCAAAUUAUUUAAUCAAUUAGAAGAACAACGUCACUUCAAGGUAGAAAAGAUGCUAGUUGAGAAACUUCAGAAGGAUUUUGUUGCAGAUUGGUGUUCUGAGGGUGAGUGCCUAGCAGCUAUUCACUCCACCUACAAUACUUCAGGGUAUAUUUUGGAUCCACACACUGCUGUUGCAAAAGUGGUUGCAGACAGAAUGCAAGACAAAACUUGCCCAGUGAUUAUCUCAUCUACAGCUCAUUACUCAAAAUUUGCACCUGCUAUCAUGCAGGCUUUAAAGAUUAAAGAAAUCAACCAGACUUCAUCAAGUCAGCUUUAUUUACUGAGUUCUUACAAUGCAUUGCCUCCACCACAUGAGGCUUUAUUGGAGAGAACAAAACAGCAAGAGAAAAUGGAGUACCUGGUCUGUGCAGCUGAUGUAAAUGUCCUGAAGGGUCAUGUGGAAAAACUAAUACAAAAUCAAUUCACAUAAAGUUUUCUAGAAUAAAUUUUUUUUCCCUGAUGAUAAGCAUGCAAUAAUAAUUCGCAAAAGUUGAUUUGGAA